AUGGCCAGGAAAACAUCCUGUGGGUAUGUCCUUUGUGGCAUCCCUGACCAAUACCGUUGUGGGCUGAUCUACUCCCCCGGAUACCCGACUGCAUUCCCCUCCUCAGUCAUCUGCUUGUGGACCAUCGAUGGUCCCCGUGGAAGCUACGUCACGCUUCUGCUGCUAGACGUAGAUUUGCCCUGUACCAGCCGCGUGCUGCAGGUCAGGGACAGGUUCCUGACGGUAGGGUGGAACACGAUCCACGGGCUGUGCCGCGGCGAGGGCGAACAGAAGCGCUAUGUGUCUAGCUCCAAUGACAUGCAGUUGGCCAUGCUGGCGACGAGUCACAACGCUGAUUUUGGCGACAGUCGCGGGUUUAUGGCAACGUUCAACGUCAGUACGUUCAUCCCUAGCCGACAGGUGCAGAACCUACCUGAUGAUGCAGGAUUCAUCUGCCCCUGCGGUUGGCGUUUGUUCCGCCGAAACUGCUACCUGACAUCUCGCCAUCACGUACCGGUGAACUGGGAAGAGUCAGACGCCAAGUGCCGAGAGUUUGGCGCCAACUUAACCAGCAUCGCUGACCAGGCAGAGAUGGAGUUUCUCCACCUGCUUUUGGUCGCCAACGUUGUCGUCAAACGCAUCGCUGAUCCGAUGCUUUUCAUUGGACUGUACGAUACCUACCAUGAACGACAAACGGGCCGACACAUGGACCGAAACUUCGUCUGGACCGAUGGUAUUCCGGUGACUUACACAGACUGGUCACCCAUGGAUGUCAGGACCUGGUUCCCACAGCCGGACGGCGCCAAGAUUAACUUCUGCGUUGCCAUAGUGAUGAAGAACGUCUGGGGAACUGACCAGUGGUACGACGUGGCCUGCGAUGAUCGAGCCACACGGUCCUUCAUCUGCAAGCGGGCGGCCAGAAGAGUGACCCGUCCGGGAGACAAUGGCUGAAUAAAUUUAUCUAUUGAUUUAUUUGAAUUCAUCAGAAAGAGUAACGGGGAGAGCAAAUAAAAGUACGGACGUACCUUUGCAAGUUGCCCUCCAGCACAUAAAAACACUACAACAUCAACUGUACAAUAAUGGUAUCCUAUCAGCAUAUAUCAACAUAUCAAAAUAUACAGUGCAUGUAAAAUAGCAAGGCAUAACCAGGAUAUAUAUGAUAACGUUAUUAACGUGCCAAGAAGUUAGUGCCGCCUUGAGGCUACACACGAACUGCACCCACAAGAGGUGGUCCAAGUACAAGGAAGAUCAGGCAGAAAGCGGGUGUUGAAU